CUGAUUCCUCAAACUGCUCGACCAGGAGAAGGAAUUAUGCAGCUGAAUCCUGAUGGGGAACAGCGGACUCCUGCUACGAAGGUAGAGUCAUCUCCAUGUUACUUACUGACUGUAAGAGUCAUAAGAGCAAGAAAUAUCCAUCAAGCAGAUGUCUUAAGCCAGACUGAUUGCUACGUGAGCCUGUGGCUUCCAACUGCUUCAGCUGACAGAUUUCAGACUAAAACCAUAAAGAAUUGCAAAGAUCCAGUCUGGAAUGAAACCUUUUACUUCAGGAUCCAGAGUCAAGUUAAGAAUGUACUGGAGAUGGCACUCUAUGAUAAAGACGUGGUUUCUCAAGACGACCAUCUCUUUACAGUGUACUUCGAUAUAGCCAAGCUUUCCCUGGGAGAGCAGGUCUUCAUGCACUUCAAGUGUGAUUCACAGAGACAAGAAGAGCUAGAGAUGGGAUUUGCAUUGGAUAAUAUUUCAGGCCCUCCUGAAGCCAUCAUUACUAAUGGAGUGCUAGUGUCUCGCAAAGUCUGCUGCUUGGAAGUCCAGGUGGUUGAGAAGAAAAAGAAAAAGGAGAAGAAAUCUUUAUCAAAGAAAGGAUUCUCCUUUAAAGUGCAAGGCUCUUACGAGGGCACCCAAGACAUUGUGUUGGGAUCUGACCUGGUCUUCAACCCCUCCUCUGCUAAAUUCCACUACGCCAGAUACAAGCAGCCAGUGCUGGAUGUGAUGCUACCUGGGAAGAAGCAGCCUUCCUCCUUUCACUCCCAUAUGCAUGAUACAGGCUCUCCAAAUGUGGGACUCCACAUCCUACCAAGCGGAAAAAAAUGGAUCUUAGCAGAGGAUAAAGGAUUUGAUUUAUACGCGAAGGCAGAAGACUGCCCAGACCAACUUGAUGUGCGUUUAGGGUUUGACCUCUGCAUUCAGGAGCAAGAUUUUCUGUGCAAAAGACAGAAGUACGUUGCUCCUGCUCUGAAGAAGGUUCUACAGCUGGAACAGGAUCUGCUGGACCAUGAGGCCCCAGUGGUGGCCAUCAUGACCACAGGAGGAGGAAUGAGAUCUCUGACCGCACUGUAUGGCAGUCUGCAGGGGCUCAAGAAACUCAAUGUCUUGGACUGCGCCACCUACCUAACUGGCUUGUCUGGUACUACAUGGACCAUGUCAAACUUGUACAGAGAUGCUGACUGGUCACAAAAGGAUCUCGACAAGCAAAUCAGUGAGGCUCGAAAACAUAUGACAAAAUGCAAGAUAAAUUCCCUUUCCUUGGACUAUUUGAAGUAUUACAAAAAGCAGCUGUGCCAACGGAAAAGAGAGGGCCGCAAAACAUCUUUUAUAGAUCUCUGGGGGCUUGUCCUGGAAUCUUUGUUGCAUGAUGGGAAAGACAACCAUAGACUCUCCGAUCAGCAACAGGCCAUUGAUCGUGGUCAGAAUCCAUUGCCUAUCUAUACAGCAGUCAAUGUCAAGAACAAUUAUAGCACUCUGGAUUUCAAAGAAUGGGUGGAGUUCACCCCUUAUGAGGUGGGGUUGCAGAAAUACGGAGUUUUCGUUCGCACUGAGGAUUUCGGCAGUGAGUUCUUCAUGGGUCGGCUGAUGAAGAAGAUCCCUGAAUCUCGGAUCUGCUUCCUAGAAGGCAUGUGGAGUAGUUUGUUUUCCCUGAAUGUGUUGUACAUCUGGAAUUUGUCCCAUUCAUCAGAAGAUUUCUGGCACAGGUGGACCCGGGACAAAGUUGACAACAUAGAGGAGGAACCUAUCCUACCACUGAAGCCACAUGAACUGAGAACUCGCCUGUCCACCCCGCCUGGCCCACUCAGCAGUGCUCUUCGUGGUGCUCUUACCGACCGCCCCUGCAUUGCCCAGGAGCACAACUUCCUAAAAGGCUUACAGAUGCAUAAUGACUACCUGGAGAACAAGCACUUCUGUAGAUGGAAAGAUACUGUGUUAGACACAUUUCCCAACCAGCUGACACAAUCAGACGAAUUCCUGUCUCUAGUAGAUACUGGAUUUUUUAUCAACACAAGCAUCAUGCCACUUCUGAAGCCAGAGAGAAAGGUGGAUGUCAUCCUGCAUUUAAAUUACAGUGCAGGAUCCCAGACACAGGCUCUGGACCAAACGUGCAAGUACUGCUCAGAGCAGGGAAUCCUUUUCCCCAAGGUGGACUUAAGUGAAGAAGACAGGAAAAACCUGAAGGAAUGCUACCUCUUUGAUGGUGCAGAGACCCCAGGGGCACCGGUGCUGCUGUUUUUCCCACUAAUUAAUGAUACCUUCCAGAAAUACAAAGCUCCAGGUCUGAAGCGCUCAGAGUCAGAGAUGGAAGAUGGCAAAGUUGAUCUCUAUGGCUGCUGUUCCCCUUACUCAACAUAUUCAAUUCAGUACUCUGAGAAGGCAUAUGACCGUCUGGUUCAGCUGGGUGAAUACAACAUCCUGAAUAAUGAAGACCUCAUUUUGCAGGCCUUGCACACAGCUGUGGCACGGAAAAGGCGAAAGAAAUAAUGUCAGACAAGGGAGGAUGCAUUUGUGUCCCUUUACCUGCUAAGAAAGUGAAGGUCCCUUAUAAUCAACAAGCAGACUUCAAAGGAUUCCAGCUGAACUCCACUAAUCGCAAUCUCAGAUGAACAAAGAGACUGAAGAUAAACUUUUUUCUCCAAAGAAUUUCACUGCAGAGGUUUGUUGCAAUUGAGCUACAAAAGUGGAGUGCAAGUCAUUGUAUGGUUCAAGGAUGGGCAGCCCCAAGAAGAAGGUGCUAAGAUAACAAUGAGCAUGGUGCUAGUUGUCUUGAGAAACAGUUUGAAAUAUUUAAGUGCUCAGGGCAGACCACAUUAAAAGCAUAUUUUA